CAAAGCAUUAUUGUCUAUGAUAAUUACAGUUCAACAAAAGACCAAGAAGGCACUGCUCAUGUUUCUUUCUCUUUCUCUCUUAUCUCAUUGCUCAAGAUAGACCUAUAGACUUUAUCAAAACAGCCCUCUUGCAUUCAUGAAUACAGUGCACACGAUGGCUCUUGAUUUGCUAAGCCACUACAAUUUUUUUUUCUUUUCCAGCUCGCUAUAAUAAUAAUUUUUUUCCUUCCAACCCUUUUUUCGGUCUCUUUCCAUACCACUUCGUACAAGAUGCCUCACUCGUUCGGUCUUCGCGCUCGUACUCGUCACAUGUUCUCUCGUAACUUCAGAGAACAUGGUGCCAUCCCUCUCUCCACCUACUUGAAGACCUACAAGGUUGGUGAUAUUGUCGACAUCAAGGCCAACGCUGCUGUUCAAAAGGGUAUGCCCCACAAGUUCUACCACGGUCGUACUGGUGUCAUUUACAACGUCACCAAGACCUCUGUUGGUGUCAUUGUCCACAAGAAGGUCGGUAACCGUUUCAUGGAGAAGCGUGUCAACAUCCGUAUUGAACACAUCAAGCACUCCAAGUGUCGUCAAGAAUUCUUGGACCGUGUCAAGGCUAAUGCCCAAAAGAAGAAGGAAGCCAAGGAAGCUGGUGUCUCUUUCAACUUGAAGAGAAUUCCUGUUCAACCCCGUGAAGCUCGUCAUGUUUCUACCAAGUUCAAUGUUCCUCAAACCAUUGCUCCUAUUGCUUAUGAAACUCUUUUGUAAGAGAAAGAGAGAGACAUUGUUUAUUACUGCAAUAAAAUCAGAUUUACAAAUAUGAAAAAAAAGGGGGGAAGAAAAGUAAAGAGGGAGAGAAUCAAUGCAACACAUACAUUGAUCUAUUGUUUUAU